GCCGCGUAUUCUUUUCGGGUUGGCGGGUCGCCAUGUAAGAUGUCACCUUUCUUGAAAAUCUCCUCCCUGUGUUAUCCGGCCAUGCUCCAUAAUCGGAAUAUUGCUAUGAACCCCAAAGGUUUCAACUUCCCUUGCUGUGAAUCUCCAACUCUUGAUCUGCCACCCCGCAUCAUCUCCCCAACACAUUUGCCAUGCGACAAUGAACCAGAUUAUCCUCACUUUUAAUCAUCACUACAAUGUCGUCGGAUCCCAAUCCAGAACCAGGCAAAACCUCGACUCCACGUGCCGCGGUCGACAAUGCGCCAAUGCCUGUUGCUGACCACAAUGACUCUCCCUCGACGCCUUCCGUCGUGAAGCAUCUUCGGAAGAUUCCUCCGAUUAGCCGACCUGUGGCGGGAGACGAAGAGGUCGGAGAUGAUCGGGAUGAAGAGGUUGGCGGUGGAAGUGAUGAUUCGUUAAUGCUUGAGGUAUCUAAUCUCGGCCUCAAUCGCAUUAGGACUCGCUCAGCACCGUCGCCUCUCGUCAUUUCUAAAUCUAUUCGAAUGCCUUUUGAUCACGGAGAUGGAAGUGGUGGAAGAGGUGUAUCUAAUUUGCGUUCUAGGUUUGCAUCUAAAUUUGAUCAACCUGCUGAACAUGCCGUGGAACGAGGUAAAAAGGUCCACUGGACUCAAACUAAAUCUAUGAAAGUGAUGUCACCCCGACAUUCGAACUUUGAGGGUCACCAUGCAGCUUUUGCCAAGGAAAUGCAGUCUCCACGCUUUCAAGCUAUACUACGUGUGACAAGUGGUCGCAGAAAGAGGGUUCCAGAUAUCAAGAGCUUCUCUCAUGAACUCGAUUCCAAAGGAGUCCGGCCACUUCCGUUUUGGAAAUCUCGCGCUUUUGGGCGAAUGGAGGAUAUUAUGGUGAUGAUUAGGUCAAAAUUUGAUAAAUUAAAGGAAGAUGUGAACUCUGAUCUGGGCAUUUUUGCUGGAGAUCUAGUUGGAAUGCUUGAAAAGGCGUUGGAACCCCAUGGGAGGGAGAGUUUGGAAGAUUUGUUGGUCGUAGCCAGACAGUGUGCAAAGAUGUCAGCUAGUGACUUCUGGUGUAGUUGUGAAGGCAUUGUUCAGAAUCUAGAUGACCGAAGACAAGAGCUAGAAAUGGGAACUAUAAAACACGCUCAUACACGCCUCUUAUUCAUACUAGCUCGUUGUACUCGUCUUGUGCAGUUCCAAAAGGAGAGUGGUUUUGAAGAACACAUUCUAUCUUUCCAUAAACUUAGCGACUUAGGAGUGUAUCCUGAACAAAUGAUUGGGAAGGAAUUAUAUGGGGGAAGGAACAAAAAAUCUCAGGGAGUGGACAAUAACAGUCUAAAUGGGAAGAAUGAUCAGACGGAUGAGAACUUUUGUGGAGAGACCACAGAGGUUAACACUGCAAAGAGUACUCCUUCAUCUGCAGGAAGUUUCAGAAUGUCCUCUUGGAAGAAGCUUCCGUCUCCUGCUGAAAGAAAUCAAAAAGUCAACAACUCUGUUGAUGUCCCACCCACUGAUAAGUCUGAUGCAUUGAUACUUAAUAUAUCAUAUGAUGAUUCAUUUAUCUGUCGUAUAUGUGAAGAUGAAAUACCAGUUAUUUAUGUAGAGCAACAUUCAAGAAUUUGUACUUUAGCGGAUAGGUGUGACUUAAAAGGUUUGACGGUGAAUGAACGACUUGAAAGAGUUACAGAAAUUCUUGAAAAGGUACUUGAAUCAUGGUCGCCAAAAACCGUUGACAUUGGGAUGGUGAAUCAUGAGAUGGAUGUUUUUUCUGCCAAGCAGAAGGGGUUGCCAUGUCAAUGUCCACCAGACAUACUACUAGAUCGUGCUCUUAAGACCAAUUCUACCUUGAUAGAUAAUUCCAAAAGUUCAUCAGAUGUGUCAAACAAGGCCUCUUCAGCUGGGAGCAUGACACCACAGUCGCCACUGCUGACUCCUCGGAGAAGCCAGGUUGAUCUGUUGUUGAGUGGACGUAGAACAAUAUCUGAACAUGAAAGUUAUCAGCAGAUAAGUAAGUUAUUGGAUAUUUGUCGAUCGGUUGCCAAUGUGAACAACAAUGGUUACAGUACGUUAGAAUAUUUGCUUGAUCGUUUAGAAGACCUCAAGUAUGUCAUUCAAGAUCGGAAGGUUAAUGCUCUUGUUGUUGAGACAUUUGGAAGACGUAUAGAAAAACUAUUGCAAGAGAAAUAUGUGCAGCUUUGUGGAGAGAUUGAUGAUGAGAAAGUGGUUGCUCCAAAUAGUGUUGUUGAUGAGGAAAGUUCUACGGAAGAUGAUACCAUAUGUAGUUUGCGUGCAAGUCCUAUUAAUCUAUGCUCUAGGGAUCGGACGUCCAUUGAAGAUUUUGAGAUAAUAAAGCCCAUCAGCAGAGGUGCUUUUGGAAGAGUUUUCUUGGCAAAAAAAAGGGCAACUGGUGAUUUGUUUGCUAUAAAGGUUCUGAAAAAAGCUGAUAUGAUACGCAAGAAUUCCGUAGAGAGCAUUUUGGCAGAGCGUGAUAUUUUAAUUUCACUCCGCAAUCCAUUCGUGGUCCGUUUUUUCUACUCCUUCACAUGUAGGGAUAAUCUUUAUCUUGUGAUGGAGUACCUGAAUGGAGGAGAUCUUUUCUCUUUGCUGAGAAAUCUUGGUUGUCUACAAGAAGACAUGGCCCGUGUUUAUAUUGCUGAAGUUGUUCUCGCAUUGGACUAUCUACAUUCCUUGAAUAUUGUUCAUAGAGAUUUGAAGCCUGACAAUCUAUUGAUAGGGCCGGAUGGUCAUAUCAAGUUGACAGAUUUUGGGCUCUCCAAGGUUGGUCUUAUCAACAGCACUGAUGACUUGUCAAGUUCAUCAGGUUCUUCUUUGCUUGGGAAUGCUAAUCUGAAAGCACAACCAUCAAUAAAAAGAGAAAAGCGGCAGAAGAAUUCAGUUGUUGGAACCCCCGAUUACUUGGCACCAGAGAUACUUCUCGGCGUUGGGCAUGGUGCAACAGCUGACUGGUGGUCGGUUGGUGUUAUUAUGUUUGAGCUCCUCGUUGGCAUUCCACCUUUUAAUGCAGAGCAUCCUCAGCAAAUAUUCAUCAAUAUCAUGAAUAGAGACAUACCUUGGCCGAAGGUGCCAGAGGACAUAAGUUUUGAAGCAUAUGAUUUGAUUAACAAGUUGUUGAUUGAAAACCCACUUCAAAGAUUAGGCGCAACAGGUGCUGCAGAGGUAAAGCAACAUCCAUUUUUUAAGGACAUCAACUGGGAUACACUAGCAAGGCAAAAGGCUGCAUUCAUACCUGCUGCUGAACCACAUGACACUAGUUACUUUAUGAGUCGUUACAUUUGGAAUCCGGAAGAUGAAGAUGUCUGGGGUGGUAGUGAUUUUGAUGACAUGAGUGAUGUGAGCAGUAUCUCAUGCAGCAGCAGUUCUUGCAGCAAUUUACAGGACGAAGAUGGAGAUGAAUGUGGGUAUUUGACAGAGUUUGGCAAUUCAUCCCUCCUAGAGCAAUAUUCAUUUAGCAAUUUUUCAUUCAAGAACUUGUCUCAGCUGGCUUCCAUGAACUAUGAUUUGGUAGUAAAGAAUGCCAUAGAAUCAGUUGAGAAGCUUUGAAGCACCCAUCACUAACCAAUUCAUGACCCAAAGGAAAAUCAAGUGUGGUGGUGUUGGUGAACUUUUGACUGGCUGGUCACAAAAGAAGCUGAACAAAGAAGCCACUUCUGGUCACAAUUAGUACAUAUUUAUGUGGGGUGAAACUUGUUUCUAAUGUGUGAUGAUUCCCUACUGUUUCCUCGUGCCAUGACAAAGUUAACUUGAAGGUGGGGGCUGGGGGCUACCAACACCAAAAUGGUAGUAUGAAAAACAUAUUUAUACUUAUUCUGAUGAUGUGUGGCUUGUAUAUAAUGACUUGAAAUGAAAAUUCUUAGUGUGAAAAUUAAGUGCUCUUAUAAAUGACAUGUUUAAAUGUUUAGUGUGUUAUGCUAAUGCAAGAAUAUGCAGA